ACUCUUGGUUCUUGUGGUGAACUUCCGCCCCGUUUGGUCCAGUUUGUUGGUGCUAUUGAGAACGUUUCAAUCACAUAGGCACGAGUGUUGUUGUGCUUGCUUAUGCUUUUAAUCUAGGAAACAGGCGACUGGCAGGAAAGUCUCUGAGAGUAGAUGCCGGUUGUCUGAGGCUCUGAGCAUAUCCUGUUGACUUAAGAGACCUCAUCUGGCAUCUUUUGACAAAUUCUGGUGGGAGAAAGGAGCUGCAAAUGGCUAACCUGUUGCCUGGUGAGCCCUCCCAUCAUGGAGCACCUGAAGGAAAUUACAGAGUUUCUCAGGAAAGGCCAGAAGAAGGUGGUGGGCGUUGGUACUUCUCGAGGAAGGAAAUUGAAGAAAAUUCCCCUUCUAGAAGAGAUGGCAUUGAUUUGAAGAAAGAGACUUACUUGCGAAAAUCAUAUUGCACAUUUUUACAAGAUUUGGGCAUGAGGCUUAAAGUGCCUCAGGUGACGAUUGCUACAGCAAUUAUAUUUUGUCAUCGUUUCUUCCUUCGUCAGUCCCAUGCCAAAAAUGAUAGGAGAACCAUCGCCACAGUAUGUAUGUUCCUAGCGGGUAAGGUUGAAGAAACUCCUCGACCUUUGAAAGAUGUCAUACUUGUUUCAUAUGAGAUUAUUCAUAAAAAGGAUCCUGCGGCUGUGCAGAGGAUAAAGCAGAAGGAGGUAUAUGAGCAGCAAAAAGAGCUUAUUUUACUUGGAGAAAGGGUUGUUCUCACAACACUUGGUUUUGAUCUCAAUCUACAUCAUCCAUAUAAGCCUCUCGUUGAGGCAAUUAAAAAGUUUAAGGUUGCUCAAAAUGCACUAGCUCAAGUUGCAUGGAAUUUUGUAAAUGAUGGGCUUCGGACAUCUCUAUGCUUGCAAUUUAAGCCCCACCACAUUGCAGCAGGUGCUAUUUUCCUUGCUGCCAAGUUUCUCAAAGUAAAGCUUCCAUCUGAUGGCGAGAAGGUUUGGUGGCAGGAGUUUGAUGUCACCCCACGCCAAUUGGAGGAGGUUAGCAAUCAGAUGCUAGAGUUGUAUGAACAGAACAGGGUACCGCCAUCUCAGGCUAGUGAAGCAGAAGGGAGUGCUGGAGGCAGUCAACGACCUCCAUCGAAAGGUCCUGCAAAUGAAGAACAUGUUGCAAGUCAUAGUUCUUCGCAUGGUGGAACUAUUACAAAGGCAUCAUCAUUGAAGCCAGCACCGCCAAGACCAGGUCCUGAUCAACAACAUACUGACAAUCACGGUGGACCUCCUAGAAACAAUCAAACACGAAAUAAUGAUUAUGGAAGUUCUGACAUCAAUAGCGUUGCAGAUCGUAGGGGAGAGGAUGAGGUUAAUGAAAUCCAGCACCACGAACGAGAUGCCCCUCGCCAGGGGAACUUGACAGAGACCCACACUAAAUCAAAGUAUGGGAAUGAAGGGCAUGGUGAGGAUGAUCAAGAGGGGAAUUCUGUGCGAUCUGAACCAAGGGAUGCAGUAGAACUGAAGGAUAAAUAUCAUGGGAGAAAUCUGUCCAACAAGGACGGUCCAGUUGGUCAGUCACCUCAAGAUGCUAUGAAAAAGCUGGACAAAGAGAAGCUUAAAGCUGCAUUUGAGCGGAGGAAGGCUCGUGGAGACAUAACUCGUAAACUGGAUCCCAUGGAUGAACUUGAGAGGGAACUGGAAGAUGUUGAAGUACCAGGUGAGAGUGACAAAAAUAAGCGGGAGAGAAAACAAAGCUGGUCCAAACCUUCAAGUAGGCAAGAGCAUGAGAACUCUCAUCAUGUGAAAUACCCAAAUGAGUCUGGAGAUGGGCAUUACCAAGUGAUGAAAGGGCAAUCUUCACAUGGAGAUGAUUUCGACACUGUAGAAGAAGGUGAAGUCGAACCAUCUGAUGAAGUUGAUAGGGGAUAUCGGUCACCUAGGUCAAGCAACCGGAAGAGGAAGCCUGGUAGCCCCUUGGAUAGAAACGGGUUGGGGAGACUUGGGUAUUCUGAAAGGGACCACAAAAGGCACUUGCAGGAGAAUCAUGCGUAAAAUGUAUGACUAAUUGCUUGGGCACGUUGGAAUCACAUCUGAGGUUAUGCGUGCUGGACUGAAUUCUUCAUCACUUGGUUACUGAAAACGGAACAUAAAAGAAAAUCUUUGACAACUUGAGCAAAGAAAAUGGCGGCCCCUGAUAUUCAGGUUGGUUGUUUGGAUCAGUUUCUGCUUAUUGUUUGCCUAUUUCAACUGGAGUUCCAGAAUGUGUUGAGGAACCAGGUAAGUUGAUUAUAUGAGUUGCCAUUGGCCUUAACUUGUGCGGAUAAAGAAAAAGAGAGAAGAUGCAAGAUUCAAGUGUUUCCAUGUAAGGUAAUGACUUAAGUUUUAUUGGGCUUGUAACGAAAAAAGAAAAGAGAAACGGUACAAAAUUUGGAUAUUGAGCAGGCUUGUGACAUUCUGCCGGUUUUACAUGUUCAAAUCUGGAGUUGAAAGCCAAUUUUCAUGAGAGCAUUGUGACUGCCAUAAUUCAACUGCAAAACAUCAUUAAUUUUAUUGACGGAUGCUUUUGAUUA